UGGAUCCAUAUGUGAGAAGAGGAUAGCAAAGCUGGAGUUGUUUUGGUGAGGCAAAAAUGGCUUCUCCUCCUUCUACGAAGUUGCUUCUACUAAGAAGACUGUUACGAGUCCUGAAGCCUCCUUCAUCUUCUUCUUCCUCCUCUUCCUAUUCGAUUCGCAGAUCAUGCCUCUAUUCCUCUAUGAACCUUCCAGAAGCUUCGAAUUCUGCAGAUAGACCUCCGAUCUCAACCUCUUCUAGAAGCUUCUGCUCUCGUCCUUCCAAUCUCAACGGCGAAUCUGAAGGCCCAGCGCCUAUCGAUUACCGAUUUGUACUGCAGGAGGAUGAAUUUCACAGGCUGGCUGAUUCCACAAUACAAGAUCUACUAGAGAAGUUAGAGGAAUAUGGUGACUAUAUCGAGAUUGAUGGUUUUGACAUAGACUAUGGGAACCAGGUAUUAACCCUGAAGCUUGGGAGUUUGGGCACCUAUGUGUUGAACAAACAAACACCAAAUAGACAAAUUUGGCUGUCUUCCCCUGUGAGUGGUCCAGCUAGGUUUGAUUGGGAUGGAGAUGCUCAAGCUUGGGUCUACAGGCGGAAACAUGCAAAUUUAUCCGAACUUUUAGAAAUCGAGUUGGAGCAACUAUGUGGCGAACCCAUCAGUCUUUCUUGAACCAUUAUGGGUGUGGUGUAACAUGCUGUGGAGUGUCUUCAUGAGUUCAUGUUGAUCAUCAUUAGCUUCGCAUGUUUUUCUUCUUCACUGGGUUGCUUUUUUAACUUGCCCUUGUUCUGAUUUUAAAUGGAAACUUCAUGGUUGUACUGAUUUUGGGAGUUCCUGUUCACAUUGGUGCUUAUAUGGUCUUUCUGGUAA